AUGGGACAUCUUAUUGCAUGCGUAUAUGACAUGGUAUGCAUUGACUUGACGCGUUAUGGUUUUUCAGAAACCUUUUUUCCGCUCCGCAUCGCACCUCCUACAAAUCUAAUUGAUCGUAUUAUAUGUGUUGGAGGGCUCGCCAAAUCGCGUCAUUUUGUACAAGUUUACUUAAAAUCGGGAUGCCCCAUACCUCCUACGUCACCAGAGUGGAAUCUUUAUCAUACUGAACUUUCCGAGACGUGGCCGGAUGUAUUUGUUGAUAGGAUGCAUGAAUUCGAAAGAUUGAAUAAUAUCGAUAAAAUCUCAAAUGCGGAAAAGUCAAAAUUGGAACCACCAAUAGAUUUAGCCGGCGACAGUUCUUUUGAUAUAUUUAUCUAG